CUCACGCUUUUGAGAACGCGGGAUUUCGGGAGGAGCAACACAAUCCCGCCAGCACCAACCGGUGUGUCUCUUUCAUUCCGUAGGAUCGAACUGUACCGGACAACGGUAAAAAAGUUGUCCCACAAAAUCCACAGAUCCAUUUGACACGGGAUAAACUAACAGAGGCUAUUACUACUAGCCGAAGAGGGAAUAGCCGUAAAAGAUGUCGGAAAUAUUAAGCUGCGUGGAACCGGAGCGGGAAGAGCAGACCGAAAUUGAAGAAGCCGGGGGAGCUGAGGAAAAGUCAGACUCGGAUGCCGGCAAAGAGUCGUCCUCCGAUGCAGGACCUGAUGGACAAGAUGCUUCCUCUUCCUCCUCCACGAAAACCAAAGAAUCUGCUCCAGGUUAUGAAGAGAAAGUGAAAACGGACCGUACCAACAGAUUCGACUACCUGUUGAAGCAAACCGAGCUGUUUGCUCACUUCAUUCAGCCCGCCGCACAGAAGACUCCCACGUCCCCCCUAAAGAUGAAGCCCGGGCGUCCUCGCAUUAAGAAAGACGAGAAGCAGAAUUUGUUGUCUGCUGGAGACAAUCGUCAUCGCCGCACCGAGCAAGAGGAAGAUGAGGAGCUGUUGAGUGAGAGUACCAAGACCACAAACGUCUGCACCCGCUUCGACGACUCGCCAUCGUACGUCAAAACAGGAAAGAUGAGAGACUAUCAGGUCCGCGGUCUGAACUGGCUUAUCUCUCUGUACGAAAACGGAAUCAACGGCAUCCUCGCCGAUGAAAUGGGUUUGGGAAAGACCCUCCAGACAAUUUCCUUGCUGGGCUACAUGAAGCACUACAGGAACAUCCCCGGACCGCACAUGGUGCUGGUGCCCAAGUCCACCUUGUACAACUGGAUGAACGAGUUCAAGCGCUGGGUGCCAUCACUGCGAGCGGUCUGCCUCAUUGGAGACAGAAAUGAGAGGACGGCUCUCAUCCGAGACGUGUUGCUGCCAGGCGAAUGGGACGUGUGCGUGACCUCGUACGAGAUGCUCAUCAUCGAAAAGGCGGUGUUCAAGAAAUUCAACUGGCGCUACCUGGUCAUCGAUGAAGCCCACAGAAUCAAGAACGAGAAGUCCAAAUUGUCAGAGAUUGUGCGAGAAUUCAAGACCACCAAUCGCCUGCUGCUGACCGGCACGCCACUCCAGAACAACCUGCACGAGCUGUGGGCCCUGCUCAACUUCCUGCUCCCCGACGUCUUCAAUUCAUCAGAGGACUUUGACUCUUGGUUUGACACCAACAAUUGCUUAGGCGAUCAGAAACUGGUGGAGCGCCUUCAUACGGUGCUCCGCCCUUUCCUGCUCCGUCGCAUAAAAGCUGAUGUGGAGAAAACACUGCUGCCCAAGAAGGAGAUCAAGAUGUAUGUGGGACUCAGUAAAAUGCAGCGAGAAUGGUAUACCAAAAUUCUGAUGAAGGACAUCGACAUCCUGAACUCUGCCGGCAAGAUGGACAAAAUGCGCCUGCUCAACGUGCUCAUGCAGCUGCGCAAGUGCUGCAACCACCCGUACUUGUUCGACGGCGCCGAGCCCGGCCCCCCUUACACCACCGAUCUCCACCUGGUGGUCAACAGCGGCAAGAUGGUGGUGCUGGACAAGCUUCUGCCCAAGAUGAAAGAGCAGGGCUCACGUGUGCUCAUCUUCAGCCAGAUGACCAGGGUGCUGGACAUUUUGGAGGACUACUGCAUGUGGAGGAACUACGGCUACUGUCGUCUGGACGGUCAGACGCCGCACGAGGAGAGACAGAUCUCCAUCAACGCCUACAACGAGCCCAACAGCAGCAAGUUCAUCUUCAUGCUGAGCACCAGAGCCGGCGGCCUCGGGAUUAACCUGGCGACCGCGGACGUCGUCAUCCUCUACGACUCGGACUGGAACCCUCAAGUGGACCUCCAGGCUAUGGAUCGAGCUCAUAGGAUCGGGCAGCUGAAACAGGUCCGCGUCUUCCGUUUCAUCACGGAGAACACGGUGGAAGAGCGAAUUGUGGAGAGGGCUGAGAUGAAGCUGCGCCUGGAUUCCAUCGUCAUUCAGCAAGGGCGACUUGUGGAUCCGAGCGCCAACAAGCUGGGCAAAGACGAGAUGCUCUCGAUCAUCCGGCACGGCGCCACGCACGUCUUUGCCUCCAAGGAGAGCGAGAUCACAGACGAUGAUAUCGACGCCAUCCUGGAGAGGGGCGAGAGGAAGACGAUGGAGAUGAAGGAGAAGCUGUCCUCCCUCGGCGAGAGCUCGUUGAGGAACUUCACCAUGGACACGGAGAACAGCAGCGUGUACACAUUUGAGGGGGAAGACUACAGAGAGAAGAAAAAGGUGCAGAAAAACUGCCAAAACAUUUCCUUUUCACAAUAUAAAAACUCAAUGCUUCAUCUCAGCCUCCUUCUGCUCUUGCUCCGUCAGGUCAUCACCAACUGGAUCGAGCCUCCCAAGAGAGAGAGGAAGGCCAAUUACGCCGUCGACGCCUACUUCAGAGAAGCCCUCCGAGUCAGCGAGCCCAAAGCACCAAAAGCUCCCCGUCCGCCCAAGCAGCCCAAUGUCCAAGACUUCCAGUUCUUUCCCCCACGUCUCUUUGAGCUCCUUGAAAAGGAAAUCCUCUUCUACCGAAAGACAAUUGGCUACAAGGUGCCACGCAAUCCGGAAAUGCCCAACUCUGCUCAGGUUCAGAAGGAGGAGCAAGCCAAGAUUGACGAGGCCGAAGCCUUGACGGAGGAGGAGCUGGAGGAGAAGGAGAAUCUUCUGCAGCAGGGAUUCACCAUUUGGAACAAGCGCGACUUCAACCAGUUCAUCAAAGCCAACGAGAAGUGGGGACGCGACGACAUCGAGAACAUCGCCAGGGAGGUGGAGGGUAAAACGCCGGAGGAAGUCAUGGAGUAUUCCGCUGUGUUCUGGGAGCGCUGCAACGAGCUGCAGGACAUCGAGAAGAUCAUGGCUCAGAUCGAGCGAGGUGAGGCCAGGAUCCAGAGGAGGAUCAGCAUUAAAAAGGCCCUGGACUCCAAGAUCGGCCGCUACAAGGCGCCCUUCCACCAGCUGCGCAUCUCCUACGGCACCAACAAAGGCAAGAACUAUACGGAGGAGGAGGACCGCUUCCUCAUCUGCAUGCUGCACAAGCUGGGCUUCGACAAGGAGAGCGUGUACGACGAGCUGCGUCAGUGCAUCCGCAACUCGCCGCAGUUCCGCUUCGACUGGUUCCUCAAGUCCAGGACCGCCAUGGAGCUGCAGAGACGAUGCAACACGCUCAUCACGCUCAUUGAGAGGGAGAACAUGGAGCUGGAGGAGCGGGAGAAGGCAGAAAAGAAGAAGAGGGGGCCAAAGACGAGCUCAGCCCAGAAACGGAAGCCAGAAGGAACCUCGGACGGUCGCGGACGUCGGAAAAAGCUGAAGUUGUGAAGGCAACCUCUCAUUCAUAUGUACAGAGCGCCAUCGCUAACCAAGCCGCAACCACAACUACAACAGUCGUUUAUGUGCGUUUGCUCACUGUGUCGAAGUUCCUAAUAGACUGUAUUAUUUAGGUUCUAGCAAGUCUUCUGCCUUGUUGUUGUUUACUGAAACACUGCGGCAGUGCUGGUUUUAUUUUUUAUUUUUUUUACUCGUACUUAUUGGAAAUUGUAUUUAUGCCUGUUGGUUGUACCACAUUCCAAUGUUCCUUCUUUAUCUCCCUGCAAUCUAGGUGUAUUCUUUCUCAAAUAAAGAUCUUUUUUUUUAAAUAAAAUAAA